AUGAGAGCAAUUGGAGAAGACAUCUUUUGUUGUAAAUUUAGACUCGCAACCGUAGUGGUGCUUUCGUGGAGACUUUUUUCCGGGUGGCUUUUAAUCAAUUAUCUCUUCAAAUCUGGAACUGCAAUGUAUGUUGUACCAGCUACAGUAAUGGCCUGUGACAUGGUCUCAUUGCGGAUGACGACAGCAGAUGUAUCCUGUUAUGAGCUGAAGUAUGGUACUCGUGGCUCAGCACACUGGCCCUUAUGAUACAUAAGAACACAUGAAGAGCAUGGCCAUCGAUAAACACCUUCAUCCGACAAGGCAGGUUACA